UAACCUCUGUUGGUGUUGGAAGUUGGGUCCCCUUCUCUCUCUUCCUCCAACCCCUCUAGCCAGUAGCCAUGGAGCCAGGGGUCCCGGUUCCACCGCCAUCGCCACCCACCACCAUCCUCGGGAAGUACCAAUUGGGGCGUCUACUGGGACGUGGAAGCUUCGCCAAGGUGUACCAGGCACGGUCCAUGGCGGACGACACAGCCGUGGCCGUGAAGAUCAUCGACAAGUCCAAGACCGUCGAUGCUGCCAUGGAACCGCGGAUAAUCCGAGAGAUCAUGGCCAUGCGCCGCCUUCAGGACCACCCUAACAUCCUCAAGAUUCUCGAGCUCAUGGCCACCAAGACCAAGAUCUACCUCGUCGUCGAACUUGCCACGGGCGGAGAGCUCUUCUCCAAGAUCUCUCGCCGCGGCAAGCUUGCCGAGCCGUCGGCGCGACGGUACUUCCAGCAGCUGGUCUCGGCGCUGCAUUUUUGCCACCAAAACGGCGUAGCCCACCGCGACUUGAAGCCCCAGAACCUCCUCCUCGACAAAGACGGUAACCUGAAGGUCUCGGACUUCGGACUCUCGGCUCUCCCGGAGCAGCUCAAGAACGGGUUGCUCCACACGGCGUGUGGGACCCCUGCUUACACAGCCCCCGAGGUCGUCUGCCGGCGUGGAUACGAUGGUUCCAAAGCCGACGCUUGGUCUUGCGGGGUCAUCCUGUACGUGUUCCUUGCCGGUUACCUCCCAUUCGACGAUAGCAACCUCGUGUAUAUGUACAAGAAGAUUCACCGGCGAGACUAUCAUUUCCCAGCCUGGUUUUCCAAGCCGGCGCGACACGUGAUCUUUCAGCUCCUCGAUCCGAACCCAGACACGAGAAUGAGUAUGGAAGGCCUCAUGCAAAACGCAUGGUUCAAGAAGUCCUUACGAGAGAGAAACCAAAACCAGAUCAGUCUAUUCGAUUCAGCCAGUAACUGCAAAUGUGACAUGCUCACAAGCAUGAACGCUUUCGAUAUAAUAUCUUUGUCCUCGGGAUUGGACUUAUGGGGGCUGUUCGAAACGACGACACGUGGUGGGAAAGAGAAGAGGUUUACGUCGAAAGAAUCCGGGGAAGUGGUGAUAGAGAGAGUGAGGGAGGUGGGUGGGAGAUUAGGGUACAAAGUCCAGGAAGGGAAAGGUGGGUGUAGCGUAGGGUUGGGGAAAGGGAAGGUGGUUUUGUUCGUUGGGGUGUCGGCAAUCGCGCCGGAGCUGGUGUUGGCGGAGGUUAAGGUGAUCGAAGGUGGGGUGGAGUUUGAGGAGCUGAAUCAGUGGGGAGAUUUGGAGGCUGGGAUUCAAGACAUUGUUGUUUCUUGGCACAACGAUAACCGUAACGGUGGAGAUGGUUAAUGGAUUUGCAGCGAGUGGAUUUUAAUUUCAUGUGUUUGAGCUAUAUGAUGAUGAGGAGGAGGAGAAGGCGAACAUGGGUGCGAUCUAUCAUCUAUGUGCAUAUGACUAUUCAGUUAGAGUUCUAGGUGUUGGAAUUGGAAUGAUCAAGAGCUCAAGGUUUGUCUCUCGAAAGAAUUUGUACAUGAUGAAAAUCAUCACUCCCGUUAGAAUAAUAUUAAUAUGUACGUUUUCUCUUGGUUUUA